AUGACUGUGGCUUCGACCGACAUUGGAAAGACAUCAGCCCAUACCGAUCACCAGUCGGGCGACGUCAGGAAUCGAGCUAGGAUUGGACAAUACACACAGUUUUGGAAAUCAAAAUCAGCCGAUGAUACCGAAAAAGACAAUCAACAUCGCAUUAACGAGUACGAAAACGUGACAAAUUCGUAUUAUGACGGGGCGACUGAUUUGUACGAAUACGGCUGGGGAAAGAAUUUCCAUUUCGCUCGUUACUAUCCCGGCGAAGCUUUCCAACAAGCCAUUGCUCGGCAUGAACAUUACCUCUCGGCUCAAAUUGGAUUACAAAAGGGGAUGAAAGUGCUGGACGUUGGAUGUGGAGUCGGAGGUCCGGCGCGUGAAAUGGCAGUCUUCAGCGAUUGUCAAAUCAUCGGAGUCAACAACAACGAAUAUCAAGUCAGACGAGCCAACAAGUAUAACGCUGAGGCUGGAUUGAGCCAUCAAGUCGAAGUCGUCAAGGGCGACUUUAUGAACCUCGUCAAUCAGUUUGGGGAGAACAGCUUUGAUGCAGUUUAUGCUAUCGAAGCCACCUGUCAUGCACCCACCUGGGAAGGCGUAUACGGCCAGAUCAUGAAGGUUUUAAAGCCUGGCGGCAAGUUCGGGAUGUACGAAUGGUGCAUGACGGACAAGUAUGACAAAAACAAUCCCGAGCAUCGCAAGAUCAGUCACGGGAUCGAGAUCGGGGAUGGAAUUGCCGAAAUGAGGACGAUCGCCCAGGCCCGUAGUGCGCUGAAGACCGUCGGAUUUGAGAUCCUCCGCGAAGAAGACCUUGCCGCGCGUGAUGACCGGAUACCGUGGUACUAUCCACUUCGUGGCAACUUGCGCGAGUGCCAGACUGUUUGGGAUUAUGCGACAGUGGUCCGAAUGACAUGGUUUGGUAAAGUGGUCACCCAGUCGAUGGUCCGAGUCCUCGAAGGUGUUGGCCUUGCACCGAAAGGCACAUAUGACAUCGGAGAGGCCCUCAAGCUUGCUGCCGAUGCUCUUGUAGCCGGGGCUGAAGCUAAAUUAUUCACUCCGAUGAUGCUGUUUGUUUGCAAAAAGCCCGAAAACUAG